AUGUCUGUAGCAACUAGUCUUAGAUUACCACCAUUACCUACAGUUAGAGACCUUAUUAAAUUAUAUAAGCUGAGAGCUUUGCGCCAGUUGUCGCAAAACUUUUUAUUAGAUGAACGUAUUACAGAUAAAAUUGUUAAAGCAGCAGGUAAAAUACACAACCACCAUGUUUUGGAAGUUGGCCCGGGGCCUGGAAGCAUCACACGAUCAAUUAUCAAAAGACAACCAAAAAAGUUAAUUGUUGUGGAAAAGGAUCCCAGAUUUCUACCAACGCUGGAAUUAUUGAAAGAGGCAAGCCAGAACCAUGUAAAAAUGGAGAUAGAAAUUAAUGACAUUAGAUCAUAUAACUUUGAAGCUGGAUUUGCUGAUUCCUCGUGUAAUGAAUGGACAGAUAGACCGCCUCCAAUUCAUUUGAUUGGAAAUUUACCUUUCAGUGUAUCAACAAAUUUGAUUAUUCGAUGGCUUCAUCAAAUUUCUCAAAAAAGCUCAGCCUGGAGUUUUGGGCGGACACCAAUGACUCUGACUUUUCAGAAGGAAGUAGCGGAAAGGAUUGUUGCCCCUGUCACUGACGAACAACGUUGUCGUUUGUCUGUAAUGUGUCAGUUUUGGUGUGAUGUUGAUCAUAAAUUUACAAUACCUGGGAAAGCGUUCCUUCCUAAACCUGAUGUAGAUGUUGGAGUAGUUACAUUUACACCUUUAAAAUAUCCUUUGGUUAAGUUAGAAUUCAAAAUGGUUGAGAAAGUUAUAAGAACUAUUUUUAAUAUGAGACAAAAAUAUGCUAUAAAAGGAGGAUCGCGACUAUUUCCAGAAAACCUGCGAGAUGAAUUAGGUCUUAAGCUAUUUGCUUUAGCAGAUGUGGAUCAAAGAACUAGGCCUUUUGAACUUACAAAUGAAGAAUAUGCGCGGAUCUGCUAUGCUUAUAAACUAAUCUGUGAAGAAUACCCAGAUAUUGAAAAAUAUGAUUUUAGAGCUCCCAAAAAUGUGAAUGCUGCUGCAAUGUAAUAUGUUAUCUUUUGUAAUUGUGCUAUUAAAAAAAGAAACUGUUA